GCACCGGCGCGCACGAUGUCUUUCCUUGAAGAGGCGAGCGCAGCGGGGCGCACGGUGGCCCUGGCGCUGGUGCUGCUGCUGCUCCCCGCCGUGCCCUUGGGCGCCAGCGUUCCGCCGCGGCCCCUGAUCCCGCUGCAGCCCAGCAUGCCCCACGUGUGUGCUGAGCAGGAGCUGACCCUGGUGGGCCGCCGCCAGCCGUGUGUGCAGGCCUUCAGCCACAUGGUGCCGGUGUGGAAGGCUGGCUGUGGGUGGCAGGCGUGGUGCGUGGGCCAUGAGCGGAGAACUGUCUACUACAUGGGCUACAGGCAGGUGUAUACCACGGAGACCCGGACCGUGCUCAGGUGCUGCCGAGGGUGGACGCAGCAGCCUGGCGAGCAGGGCUGCCUCUCGGCUGAAUGCAGUGCCGGCUUCUGUUUUCACGGUGGCCGUUGUGCGCCAGGCUCAGCCCAGCCGUGCCACUGUCCCUCCGGCUUCCAGGGACCCCGCUGUCAGUAUGAUGUGGACGAAUGCCGAACCCACAACGGUGGCUGCCAGCAGCGCUGCGUGAACACCCUGGGCUCCUACCUCUGUGAGUGCAAGCCCGGCUUCCGGCUCCACACUGACAGCAGGACCUGCCUGGCCAUUAACUCCUGUGCCCUGGGCAAUGGCGGCUGCCAGCACCACUGUGUCCAGCUCACGAUCACUCGGCAUCGCUGCCAGUGCCGGCCCGGGUUCCAGCUCCAGGAGGACGGCAGGCGCUGUGUCCGGAGAAGCCCGUGUGCUGACAGGAAUGGCGGCUGCAUGCACAGGUGCCAGGUGGUCAGGGGCCUCGCCCACUGUGAGUGCCACGCAGGCUAUCAGCUGGCAGCGGACCGCAAGGCCUGUGAAGAUGUGGACGAAUGUGCCGCAGGGCUGGCCCAGUGUGCCCAUGGCUGCCUCAACACCCAGGGGUCCUUCAAGUGUGUGUGUCACGCGGGCUACGAGCUGGGCGCUGAUGGCCGGCAGUGCUACCGGAUCGAGAUGGAAAUUGUGAACAGCUGUGAGGCCAACAACGGUGGCUGCUCCCAUGGCUGCAGCCACACUAGUACUGGGCCACUGUGCACCUGUCCCCGUGGCUAUGAGCUGGACACAGAUCAGAGGACCUGCAUCGAUGUUGACGACUGUGCAGACAGCCCGUGCUGCCAGCAGGUGUGCACCAACAACCCUGGCGGGUACGAGUGCGGCUGCUACGCCGGCUACCGGCUCAGUGCCGAUGGCUGCAGCUGUGAGGAUGUGGACGAGUGCGCCUCCAGCCGUGGUGGCUGCGAGCACCACUGCACCAACCUGGCCGGCUCCUUCCAGUGCUCCUGCGAGGCCGGCUACCGGCUGCACGAGGACCGUAGGGGCUGCAACCCCCUGGAGGAGCCGGUGGUGGACCUGGACGGCGAGCUGCCCUUCGUGCGGCCUCUACCCCACAUCGCCGUGCUCCAGGACCAGCUGCCGAGACUCUUCCAGGAUGACGACAUCGGGGCCGACGAGGAAGAGGCAGAGUUGCGGGGCGAACACACGCUCACAGAGAAGUUUGUCUGCCUGGAUGACUCCUUUGGCCAUGACUGCAGCUUGACCUGUGAUGACUGCAGGAAUGGAGGGACCUGCCUCCCGGGCCUGGAUGGCUGUGACUGUCCCGAGGGCUGGACUGGGCUCAUCUGCAAUGAGACUUGUCCUCCGGACACCUUCGGGAAGAACUGCAGCUUCUCCUGCAGCUGUCAGAAUGGUGGGACCUGCGACUCUGUCACGGGGACCUGCCGCUGCCCCCCGGGUGUCAGUGGAACUAACUGUGAGGAUGGCUGCCCCAAGGGCUACUAUGGCAAGCACUGUCGCAAGAAAUGCAACUGUGCCAACCGGGGCCGGUGCCACCGCCUCUACGGGGCCUGCCUCUGUGACCCGGGGCUCUACGGCCGCUUCUGCCACCUCACCUGCCCGCCGUGGGCCUUCGGGCCGGGCUGCUCGGAGGAGUGCCGGUGUGUGCAGCCCCACACGAGGUCCUGUGACAAGAGGGAUGGCAGCUGCUCCUGCAAGGCCGGCUUCCGGGGCGAGCGCUGUCAGGCAGAGUGUGAGCCGGGCUACUUUGGGCUGGGGUGCCGGCAGGCGUGCACCUGCCCAGUGGGUGUGGCCUGUGACCCCGUGAGCGGCGAGUGUGGGAAGCAGUGUCCUGCUGGCUUCCAGGGAGAGGAUUGCGACCAAGAGUGCCCGGUGGGGACGUUUGGCGUGAACUGCUCAGGCUCCUGCUCCUGUGGGGGGGCCCCCUGCCACGGGGUCACGGGGCAGUGCCGGUGUCCGCCGGGGAGGACUGGGCAAGACUGUGAGGCAGAUUGUCCCGAGGGCCGCUGGGGGCUGGGCUGCCAGGAGAUCUGCCCAGCAUGCCAGCACGGUGCCCACUGCGACCCUGGGACUGGAGCCUGUCUGUGCCUCCCUGGCUUCGUCGGCAGCCGCUGCCAGGAUGUGUGCCCAGCAGGCUGGUUUGGUCCCAGCUGCCAGACACGGUGCUCUUGUGCCAAUGAUGGGCACUGCCACCCAGCCACCGGACACUGCAGCUGUGCCCCCGGGUGGACCGGCUUUAGCUGCCAGAGAGCCUGUGAUAGUGGUCACUGGGGACCUGACUGCAGCCACCUCUGCAACUGCAGCGCUGGCCACGGGAGCUGUGAUGCCAUCAGUGGCCUGUGUCUGUGUGAGGCUGGCUACGUGGGCCCGCAGUGCGAGCAGCGGUGUCCCCAGGGCCAUUUCGGGCCCGGCUGUGAGCAGCGGUGCCAGUGUCAGCAUGGAGCAGCCUGUGACCAUGUCAGUGGGGCCUGCACCUGCCCGGCCGGCUGGAGGGGCACCUUCUGCGAGCGUGCCUGCCCGGCCGGCUUCUUUGGAUUGGACUGUCGCCAUGCUUGCAACUGCACUGCCGGAGCCACCUGCGAUGCCGUGAACGGCUCCUGCCUCUGCCCCGAUGGCCGCCGGGGCCCCCGCUGUGCCGAGACUUGCCCAGCCCACACCUACGGGCACAAUUGCAGCCAGGCCUGUGCUUGCUUUAACGGGGCCUCCUGUGACCCUGUCCACGGGCAGUGCCACUGUGCCCCUGGCUGGAUGGGGCCCUCCUGCCUGCAGGCCUGCCCUGCCGGCCUGUACGGCGACAGCUGUCGACAUUCCUGCCUCUGCCAGAAUGGAGGGACCUGUGACCCUGUCUCAGGCCACUGUGUGUGCCCGGAGGGCUGGGCCGGCCUGGCCUGUGAGAAGGAGUGCCUCCCCGGGCACGUCGGAGCUGGCUGCCCGCACAGCUGCAGUUGCCUCAACAGGGGCCUGUGUGACCCGCGCACGGGCCGCUGCCUCUGCCCGGCCGGCUGGACUGGGGACAAGUGUCAGAGCCGCUGCCUGCGGGGCUGGUUUGGAGAGGCCUGUGCCCAGCGCUGCAGCUGUCCACUCGGCGCUGCCUGCCACCACGUCACUGGGGCCUGCCGCUGUCCCCCUGGCUUCACUGGCUCUGGCUGCGAACAAGCCUGCCCACCUGGCAGCUUUGGGGAGGACUGUGCACAGACGUGCUGGUGUCCCGGUGAGAACCCAGCCUGCCACCCUGCCACUGGGAUCUGCUCAUGUGCUGCUGGCUACCACGGCCCCAGCUGCCGGCAACGAUGCCCGCCCGGGCGGUAUGGGCCAGGCUGUGAACAGCUGUGUGGGUGUCUCAACGGGGGCUCCUGUGAUGCGGCCACGGGGGCCUGCCACUGCCCCUCUGGGUUCCUCGGGGCGGACUGCAGCCUCACCUGUCCGCAGGGCCGCUUCGGCCCCAACUGCACCCGUGUGUGUGGGUGUGGGCAUGGGGCGGCCUGCGACCCUGUGACUGGCACCUGCCUCUGCCCCCCGGGGAGAGCCGGCGUCCGCUGUGAGCGAGGCUGCCCCCAGAACCGGUUUGGCGUGGGCUGUGAGCACACCUGCUCCUGCAGAAACGGGGGCCUGUGCCACGCCACCAACGGCAGCUGCUCCUGUGGCCUGGGCUGGACAGGGCUGCACUGUGAGCUGGCCUGUCCCCCUGGGCGCUAUGGAGCCGCCUGCAGUCUGGAGUGCUCCUGCCGCAACAACAGCACGUGUGAGCCCACCACGGGCACCUGCCGCUGCGGCCCCGGCUUCUACGGCCAGGCCUGCGAGCACCCCUGUCCCCCUGGCUUCCAUGGGGCUGGCUGCCAGGGGGUGUGCCAGUGUCAACAUGGAGCCCCCUGUGACCCCAUCAGUGGCCGGUGCCUCUGCCCCGCUGGCUUCCACGGCCACUUCUGUGAGAGUGGGUGUGAGCCAGGUUCAUUUGGAGAGGGCUGCCACCAGCGGUGUGACUGCGACGGGGAGGCACCCUGUGACCCUGUCACCGGUCUCUGCCUUUGCCCACCAGGGCGCUCAGGAGCCACCUGUAACCUGGAUUGCGGAAGGGGCCAGUUCGGGCCCAGCUGCACCCUGCACUGUGACUGCGGCGGUGGCGCUGACUGCAGCCCUGUCAGUGGGCAGUGUCACUGUGUGGAUGGCUACAUGGGGCCCACAUGCCGGGAAGGUGGGCCCCUCCGGCUCCCCGAGAACCCGUCCUUAGCCCAGGGCCCAGGUAAGGGCCACGCUGCCCACCUCCAGCAGACCCAUGUCCGGGAGCAGUGGACUAGCGAGGCACUAGCAGAGGCCCCGUGGAGCCCGCCUCUCCUCCAGCCAGACGGGACCCAGGCCUUUGGUGACUACUGAGGACACUUCAUGGGCCCAGAGCUCUUGGUACUGCCCUUCCUCUGAGGGCCGUGGAGGGCUGUGGACAGCCCAGCAACCUGUUGCUCUUGGAGGCUGGUAUGGCCUUGAGGAGGGAAGCCUUGCAUGGCCGCUGGAAGAGAGGCGCCGCCUGGCCUGGCUCUGCAGAACCCAGGGGCACGCUCUGGGCCUGGGCUGAGAAGGCCCCACUCUCCCUGCGGCUCUGAGUUGGGCUGAGGACAGGUGUGGGCGUCAGUGUGGGCGCAGGUGCAGGCACAGGGCCACUGUCCUCCAGGCAGGCUUUUUGGUGCUAGGCCCUGGGACUUUAAGCUGCCCAGCCCGUAUUUAUGUAAAGGUAUUUAUGGGCCACUGCGCAUGCCCGCUGCAACCCUGGGAUCAGCUGGAAGCUGCCCGUCAUCUCCUGCCCGAUGCCCAGAAACCCUGAUUCAGGUCUGUAGGGUUCUGCGGGCUCACCAGGCUGCUGGCGCCGGUACCGUGUAAACCCAGGAAGGUAAAGGAGCAGGCAGCCUCCUC